AUGAAAAAGGUUCUUUUGCUCUUUGAUAUUGACGGGACGCUGACCCCGCCGAGGCUCUCUCAGCCAGAUGAGGUUCGGGAAGUGAUUCGGCGUGCAAAAAGUGCGGGAUUUACAGUUGGGACAGUGGGUGGAUCGGAUUUGGCUAAGCAGAUUGAACAACUCGGAGAGGAUGUUUUUCAACAGUUUGACUACGUGUUUGCUGAAAAUGGUUUAUUGGCAUAUAAGCAUGGGAAAGAAAUUCAUCGUCAAAACCUCCUUAAAGAACUUGGAAACGAGCGCAUCGUGAAGUUUGUGAGAAGAGCCCUGCGUCUCCUUUCUGAGCUUGAUAUUCCUGUUCAAAGGGGCACAUUCAUUGAAUACAGGAAUGGAAUGAUAAAUGUCUGUCCAAUUGGUCGCAACUGCACGCAAUCGGAAAGAGAUGAAUUUGAGGUAUAUGACAAAGAGCAUCACGUCCGUGAAAAACUCAUCAAGGAACUUCAGAACUCUUUUCCUGAUUACGGCUUAAAGUAUUCAAUUGGAGGCCAGAUUAGCUUUGAUGUCUUUCCAGUUGGAUGGGACAAAAGCUAUUGUCUGCGUUUUGUGGAAAAUGAUUUUGACGAAAUUCAUUUUUUUGGUGAUAAAACACAUGCUGGUGGCAAUGAUUAUGAAAUUUACACUGACAAAAGAAUCAUUGGACACGCCGUAAAGUCAUACAAAGACACUGUUGAUGAAGUCAACAAGUUGAUUUCUUCUAAAUAA